UGGAAAAAAAUCUGUAGUUCAAACUGUUACCUGUUGAACAAAGUUUCAAUCAGUUUCAAUAAAAAAGAAAAUGAAGGUCACCUCAUUUUUUAUAUUUAUCCUUUUCUGUGUCUGUGUUGUAACGAGCAGCCGAGCUUAUAACAUCAAGGACACUCAAUUGAACAAUAGAGAUCUAUGGCAGAAAAAAAUUGCGAAUAAAAUGCUUAUUAUCCAGGAAAAUUCGGACAAAAGCACAUACUCAAUAAGUUUUGACAGAGAAAAUGGUUAUCGUAUUGAAAUCGAGUUAGUUUAUGUGUUGCUUGAACAAUUCGGCGAGUAUAUUUCAAAACUAGCAAUUCUAAUAGAGCGGGACUCAGAUGGUCAUUUGAAAAAGGCUAUCGCGAGCGCUAGUCAGCAUUGUGAACAUUUACAAUAUUUAUUUGUCAGCGGCGGAAAGAAUGUAUUAAAUGAAGUAAAAAAACCGUUUUAUAAUGUAACGAGUGUCGGAUUUCAAAUAUCUGAAUUUGAAACCCAUUCACAGAGCUUAAACGAAAUGUUUCCAAACAUUCAACGUUUAGAAUUAAUGUCACUUAAAAUCAAAGAUGAUAUUUUUAAUGUUAAUCUACCAAACUUAGAUCAUCUGGAAGUGGCCAAUAUCGACGAAAAAAGUGUUGGGAAAUUAAUAGAGAAAAAUUUUCAACUUAAAUUUUUGUAUAUGGGUUUUAUUCGCGUAAAUUUAGUUAAAUUAGCAAGUAAACAUUUACCUAUUCUGGAAACAUUGAUAUUACCAUACAAUACAGAAAUUGAUUGCGAACAUGAGAUUCACUUUAAAAAUGUUAAACAUUUCGAAAUUAAUCAGGUCACAGGAGGACUCAUAAAUAUUAAAUUUGAACAGUUGGAAGAGCUUAAAUGCAACUCAGAUUAUUUUCCGAAUUGGAUUAGUACAGUAGAAAAAAAUCCGAAUCUAAAAAAACUUGCCGUCGAAACCAGAGAAGGAGUGGAGGAUGAAUAUAUUUUAUCGCUUAUAGAAGUAUCAAGAUAUUUGAUUGAAGCUAACUUCGAUUGUGGACCCCACACUCAAGUAGAAACGAUUGUUAAAUUUUUGAAGGAGAGCAAACAAAUACAAAAACUUCAAUUAAAUUAUUGCCGCGGAAUUUUAAGUGAAUUAAAGUCGAAAAUUCCAGAUAUUUGGAAUUUAAGAGUAACUGAUCUUGAUGUCAUUUUUAUUGAAAAAAAGUAAAACAAAAAGCUUAAUACAACAAAUGAAAACUUUGUAAAAAAAACACA